GUAAGAGAAACGCCUAGAAUUUAGGAGUGAUGGAACGUAGUAAUACGCAAGGCCACAUUCAGGAAUCGGAAGACGAAGAAUAUGUACUGAUGGAUCUGGAUGGCGUCUCGGACCAAAUUUCAAUUCCCCAAAACGCCCCUUUUAUCCUUUCAGGCCUCGAUACUGUGAAUCCUAUUUUGAACAUUGAUGGAAAAUUCAAGCUGGUUGGAGAAUAUGUGGAGACUAUUGGGACUUGUCUUGUUUUUAGUGAAAGUGAUACCUCUCCAGUGGUUCAUGAAGAGACGGGCCCAUCUGAAACUAACCUUUUUUCAGAGAAAUGCAUAGCAGAUCCCAAGCAAACAUCAAGCAAGCAAGUAAAGCCAAUUACCCAACUUCAUAAGAUUCUCAAGUUCAAAUUAUUGUGGGAAGGUGAAGAUGAAGAACAAGAAAGGGUUAAAGCAUCAAACACAUAGUUGUAAAACCUAUCUGUUUGAUGCUUUCCCAUCUAUAGUUGGUGUUUGUUAGAGAGCUCCAUUCAGCUUGUAUAACUGUAUAAGGCAAUUAACAAUUGUUCAUUUAGGUAUUGUGUUUGUGUUUCAGAUUGUAGAUUUACUCCAAACUUUUUAGUUUUGACCACAUUGAUUAUAAUGUUGCUUUUUUAAAUCAAUUGUAUCAUACAGCUUUAUGUAAUAACGUAUUUGGAUCUGCAGUUCUGCAC